CGGCCGAUUUGCCCUCUCUCUCCAGCACCCAGGCCACUCGCUACAGCGUCACGGCAACGCCAUCAGGGACCAAAAAGGAAAGCCGAGGAGGGCGCGGGCGGGGCGAGCAGCAGCAGCUACGGCCGAACCCUACUACUCCACCGCAGCCACCAUCGCACCUCACCGCGCCUCCCUUGCCAUUUUUGCUUGACCGGACCGAUCAGGAGGAGCAGGAUUUGCGGUCUCGGAUUUGGGGCGGAUCGAUCGAAAGGAUGGUGCGGGGCAAGACGCAGAUGAAGCGGAUAGAGAACGCCACCAGCCGGCAGGUCACCUUCUCCAAGCGCCGCGGCGGCCUGCUUAAGAAGGCCUUCGAGCUCUCCGUCCUCUGCGACGCCGAGGUCGCGCUCAUCGUCUUCUCCCCCCGCGGCAGGCUCUACGAAUUCGCCAGCGCCAGCAUGCAGAGAACAAUUGAACGCUAUAAAACAAGCACAAAGGACAACAUCAGAAGCCAGACGGUACAGCAAGAUAUAGAGAAAAUAAAAGCUGAUGCUGAGGGUUUGUCAAAGAAGCUUGAAGCACUUGAUGCUUACAAAAGGAAACUUCUGGGUUGUAAUUUGGAAGAAUGCGCUAUUGAAGAACUGCAAAGCUUAGAGGUCAAGAUUGAGAAAAGUCUCGUUAGCAUCAGAGCUAGAAAGGCACGGCUCUUUGAAGAGCAGCUCGCUAAGCUGAAACAGAAGGAGGUAACGCUGCGCAAGGAGAACGAAGAUCUACAGGGCCAGCGCAAGAACGAGGAACAGCUGGCUGCAGCUGCGGCUCCAGUGGCGGUGGCGGCAGCGGAGCAGAGUCAUCCUCAGCCGGAGCAGGAGAAGGAUGAAAUGGAGGUGGAGACGGAGCUGUUCAUCGGGUUGCCUGGCAGAGGUCGCUCCUGAGAGGUAGCUGGCUGGCGUCUGCAGGAUACAUGAGCAGAGUGAGGCCAUGGUGAAGAGAAUAAGCUGGACAUGGGAGAUGCAAGCAGCGACAAACAAAGGGCAACAGCAGCCUUGCAGCAAUUACUACUACAGCCUAAGAAAACCAAUUGCGUCGUGUGUUGACAGUGACAAACCUGUAUCGAUCGAUCCUCCGCGAACGGCAGAUAGAUAGGAACACCCCUGUGCAGCUGCCCCCGGAAUCCUGUGAGAUCUGAAAAAUACAUGCAUAUAAGUUGAUUGUUUGGUGUU